GGUGGGUGGCCCUUUCUACCUCAUAGCAGAGUGACAGUGAAAGAAGGACCCAAACCUUUAAUCUUGUUUUGCAGUGGAUUGAGCAGAAAGCAGCUGCAGCAGCCCAGAAAUUACCAUGGAAAAAAUCCUGAAAACAGAAUUGAAAACUUCUGUUCUGAAGGCAUUUGGAAGCUCGGGAGGAGGAUACAUUAGCCAAAGCCAAGGUUAUGAAACAGACAGUGGACGAGUAUUUGUUAAAAUCAACCACAAACCUCAGGCUAGAAAAAUGUUUGAAGGGGAAAUGGCAAGUUUGGAAGCUAUUCAGAAAACCAAUAUUGUGAGAGUGCCUCAGCCUAUUAAAGUAAUUGACCUACCUGGAGGAGGAGCAAUGUUUGUCAUGGAGUACCUAAAGAUGAAGCACCUCAACAAAUAUUCUUCAAAGCUUGGAGAGCAGAUAGCAGAUCUUCAUCUUUAUAACCAGAAACUUGGAGAGAAAUUGAGAAAGGAGGGAAACACAAUUGGUAAAGGAGCAGGUCACUCUGAGUCUCAGUAUGUGGAUAAGUUUGGAUUCCAUACAGCCACCUGCUGUGGUUAUAUACCACAGGUGAAUGAAUGGCAGAGCGAUUGGCCUUCCUUCUUCAUUCGUCACCGACUCCAAGCUCAAUUGGAUUUGAUUGAAAAAGAUUAUGGAGACAGAGAAGCCAGAGAACUUUGGUCACAGCUAAAACUAAAGAUUCCUGAAAUGUUCUGUGACGUAGAAAUUGUUCCUGCUCUCCUGCAUGGGGACCUGUGGGCAGGAAACGUGGCUGAGGACGACUCUGGGCCAAUUAUCUUUGACCCUGCUUCCUUCUAUGGCCAUUCAGAAUUUGAACUGGCCAUUGCUGGAAUGUUUGGUGGGUUUAGCAGCUGUUUUUUCUCCGCCUAUCACAGUAAAAUACCCAAAGCUCCAGGAUUUGAGAAACGAAACAAAUUGUAUCAGCUCUUUAAUUACAUAAACCACUGGAACCAUUUUGGGACGGGGUACCGGGGUUCUACCCUAAAUGUAAUGAGAAAACUUCUAAAGUAACCAGAUAGGUUUGAGAAAUUCUGACCUAAUCCCUCAGUAAUGAACAGCCCCCCUGCUUAUCAGAAGUAACACAAAGUAGGAAUUAAUGUUGAUGAUAAAACACCUGACACGUAAAAGGCUUAGUACACUUUUGACCCUCGCUAAAUGUUAAGAGUGAUUGUGUAAUUUUUAACUUACACACUAGCUUACUAGCACAGAUUCAUACCCUGCUGAAGGAAAAGACUGCACUGUAUGUGAAGGCUCCACUAGGUUGGAAAAGUAGUACGAGAGUCAGCCUAACCUUACUCUCUGUGGAGAGUCUCGCUUCUUAGCUGCUGCAUUUCCACAGUUGUUUGCAUCUUGCCACUUCUGCGGCUGCUCUAUCAGCAGUUCAUUACUGAGAGCUACUGUUGUGGGAUUGUGGUGCUGGAAGUAAUAACUAGUUCCUUACCUGUACCCUUUUUUGUUCUGUUUUAGUUUUCUCUCUCUGUUUCCAUCCCUUUAUAUUUCUGUCGUCUUUCCUUUCCCAUGUUAAGUGUCCUGAUCCAAAAUUUAAAUCAGAUUCUAUGAAUCUGAAAAUGAAAACAUUCUCUUUUUGAUUUAAAGAGUAGACAAGGCCCUUUGGACUGCACUUGGCAAGCAUAUAUAAUUAAUAACAUUUCUAAUAUUUAUUUUAAUUUAAUGUAAUUUACUUACAUGUUUUUGUUUUUUUAUCUUCCUAUGAGAAAUUAAAUUUCAGUGGUAUUUCUUAAAAGGGAUGUCUCUGUAGGUCCUUGGUAAUUAACUGUAUGGUCAGAAAGCGGGUUGUUACCACACAAGUUUUGUAAUAACAUACAGUAGUUUUAGUAUGAUAUUUUAGUGUGUUACACUAUGACAGUAACAUAUUUAAAUAACUUUGUAAAAAGAUAGCAAAAAGUGGGAGGGAGGCUUAGUGUUUUGAUGACAAGAAAGCAUCUAUUGCUGCUGUCUUGGUUGGUGCUUGAUGUAUUUUCAAAUUUAUAAAAAUAAUGUAUAGUAGGCAACGCUAGUCUGUUCUGCCACUGCUGGAUUAUUGAAGGAACAGUGUCAAAUUAGAUGGCUUUAUAAUGUUUUUUAAUAUUCCUAACUGCUUUAUUUUUACAGAAAACAUAGGCAAUGAGAAUUUGGGGAGAAAACUGUGCAACAAAGAAAUUGGCAUGCAAUGUGAGCUAGAGUGUAUUAACAAAUCCGUGGUUUUUUAAUGGAAGAAAGUGGUAAAGAAAGUAGAUGUAAGUGCAGUCCGACAAACGCUUAUGUGAAUCAGAAAAUUUGAAUAAGAAUGACUGAACUUAUGAUUUUAGGCUUCAGAUGGUUGUCAUGACCAAUACCUAAAAUGUUAUAUUCAAAAAUGCUCAGAUAUGUUUACUUUUUUCAGCUUUAAAUGGCUGUGUUAUAAAGAUUUCAUAAACUUUAAAGCUAGAUGUUGUAAUUCAUACUAUUUAAAAAAUGCACUUCAUUCUCUGUAAAUAUAAUACAAAUAGUUUAAAAUUGUUACUUCCUUGGAAUUUGGGCUACAAUUAGGGGAAGUUGUAAUAGUGUGGUUAUAACACUUAAUAAAAUUAUAACAGUGGAAAAGUGGAAUAAUAGAGUUAGAAUACAGUUGAAAUCGGAGCUGAUAGCUAGAAGAUCCAGGUCUGAGAAAACAGCAAAGUGCAUGUGUACUAGUAUUUAUUAAUGUUAACAAAAAUACAUGUAUUACAUUGGAAAGUACAUGUGAACUUAAGAUUUCUCCUUCUCAAAUAAAAUACUUGCCUUGCAGAAAC